AGGGUUUGGGUGACGCUACGGAAGCGGUGUCGGGAGCUGCUCUAGGUCCCGGCGGGGAAGGGGCUCGGCUCUGUGCUUGCUGCCCCGCGUCGCGGUACAGGGGGCGGGUGGUGCCGCCGCCCUGCGCUGACAGGGCCCGGGACUCCUGUCCCCCUACAACCUGGGGCUCGGGGGGCACCGGGCACUCGGGCUCCUGGGUUCCCGCGGUGAGGGGCGAGGCCCGCUUGGCGGACGGGGCUGUCAGCAGCGUAUGACACGCAGCGCUGCCUGCGCUCCCCCGCUCCGGGACAGUGCCCUGCACGCGGAGAUUGGUGCUCGCCGGGCGGGGCACGGCACUCGCUCCGGAAAGGGGAGCCUGGUUCCCAGCGAGGAGCGGAGAGCGGCACUUGCGGGUCGGUUGCAGUUGGACUCUAAGGGUUUCAGCUCGCGACUUGGACAAGCAGGAGCUGCAGAAUCAGCUCCAGGCACCUGUGCACCGUGAGGGAUCUCAGGUCGUGCCCAGGCUUAUGAUUAUUACUGAGACACUGCAGACUGUGAUGCCCCCCCACACACACUCUGCUACUGGACAUAGAAUUUGUGGCACCAGUGCACAUGCUUACAGAGCUAAGGGGCUGUGAUGGAGGGCGUGUCAGGUCGCUACGACUUCUACAUCGGACUAGGUCUGGCUCUAUCCUCAAGUAUUUUCAUUGGAGGAAGUUUUAUCCUAAAGAAGAAAGGGCUUCUCAAGUUGGCCAGCAGGGGCUCCAUUAGGGCAGGACAAGGAGGUCAUGCAUACCUGAGGGAGUGGCUUUGGUGGGCAGGACUACUGUCCAUGGGAGUUGGAGAAGCAGCAAAUUUUGCUGCAUAUGCCUUUGCCCCAGCAACACUAGUAACUCCAUUGGGUGCAUUAAGUGUCCUAGUCAGUGCAGUUUUGUCGUCCUACUUUCUGAAUGAGCACCUGAAUGUCCAUGGAAAGAUUGGCUGCAUCUUGAGUGUUCUGGGCUCCACAGUGAUGGUAAUCCAUGCUCCACAGGGGGAGGAGGUAUCCAGCCUGGAGUCAAUGGCAGAGAAGCUUAAAGAUCCAGGGUUUAUAGCCUUUGCAGUGUGUGUGCUGGUGAGCUCCAUUCUCCUUAUCUUCGUGGCUGGGCCCCGUUAUGGGCGGAGCAACGUUCUGGUGUAUGUUUUGGUCUGCUCUGCCAUUGGCUCACUCUCAGUGUCCUGUGUCAAGGGCUUGGGCAUCACACUGAAGGAGCUGUUUGCUGGGAAGCAGGUCCUGAAAGAACCGCUGGGCUGGAUACUCCUGAUUUGCCUGGUGAUCUGCAUCAGUGUCCAGAUUAACUACCUGAACAAGGCCUUGGACAUCUUCAAUACGUCUGUGGUCACACCUAUCUACUACGUCCUGUUUACCACAGCUGUCAUGACUUGUUCCGCCAUCCUCUUCAAGGAGUGGCAACACAUGCUCCUACACAACAUAAUUGGCACUAUAAGUGGCUUUCUAACCAUAGUCUCUGGCAUUUUCCUUCUGCAUGCAUUCAGAGACAUCCCCUUCACCCCAGACCUGCUGCCCCUCUUCCUGAAGCAAGGAAGGGCAGACCUGCAUACUUUUUGGAGGGGAGCAGAAAAACACCAGUCAUGUCUACACCAGCCUCUUCUGGGCCCAGAGGACAUCCACAAUGGUUCUCAGAGUGUGGAGGAGGAAGGUGAACGUGUAUAACAACUCAUGAACCUGUUGCCUGGGAAAGCCUGGAACUUCUACCCAAGAGCUUUCUAGUCUCACUACUGAGCUCCCCUUGGUGAGUUUGCUAGAUCAGACUCCACCAGCUACAGGUGUGUUAUUGGGAAUAAGUAAAUGUCUGCUGCCUAUUCUGUGAGAGUGUUCUCUGCUUCCGCUGCUGGGGACCUAAAAGGCAAGUGAAGAGACCUGAUUGCAAUUUCCAGCUGUUAAGAACAAAACCUGGAAAAGAUCCCUACCAACACUGUAACUUGAGUUUCCUUUGUAAGAACAUGCUGCAGCUGCUAUCAGGCCACAGACUUACGUGGGAAGAGACCCAGCAGUAACACCACACUAAUCCUUACUGAAUGGAAGGACCACUCAGUGUAGGUGGCCUUAAAGCAAAGCUUUUUAAAAAUAUUUUUAUUUAAAGAUUUACAAAACAUUCUAGCCAUGUGCUGAGAUCCUUAUAUGUUGUCCCUGCCCGUACAGCAACAAGGGAUAAUGUGUUUUAA